GCUUUGUUUGGUUGGUGAUUACAACACUGUUCAAUGAGACUGUCGAUUUAGGCAGCGGGGAGAUCAGUUUACACCGGUUUUGCUUCUGCUCCGUUCUCGGAUUCUCCGCUUCCAAUUUAUCCGUCACUUUUGAUUGGGAUCUCUCGUCUCUGAUCACUUAUUUACCGUUCACCUAUAGUCCUUGUAACGAAGGGGAACAAUGUCAGAAAAAAAUAUCGAGGAUGUAAAGGAGCAAGUCAUUGCCGAUACUUCCCCCCAAAAUCAAGAUCAUUGCGACAAAUCUGUGGAAGAAAUGUCUGUAUUUAUGGUGCAGCAAGAGGAGGAGAUCAUCAAGAAGAAGUACGGAGGCAUAGUGCCAAAAAAGCCUCCUUUGAUAUCAAAAGACCAUGAACGUGCCUUUUUCGAUUCUGCUGAUUGGGCAUUAGGGAAGCAAGGAGCACAAAAACCUAAAGGACCACUUGAAGCACUCAGGCCAAAGUUGCAGCCAACCCCACAUCAGCAAGUUCGUUCAAGGCGCUCGGCUUAUGCUCCUGCAGAUGAAGGUGAAGCAGGGAAUGAUGGCAACAUCGACCCCGCUGCCGAGGAUCAGCAAUCCACAAUAGACAGUGGCAGCAAUGACCAUGUUCCCGAGGAGAAAGUGUGCAAGGAAUAACUAUGUGAACGAGAGCACUUGAUCUACUUCUCUAGACUGAGCAGCAUUCUCUGACGGUUCGUGAAUGAUGCCAAUAAGUGAAACAUGCUGAAUUUAUAAGCUUCACUUGUUAUGAUGGAGAUCAUGCUAUGUGGGAUGAUGUAAUGCUUCAUAUGCUUUUUAAAGUUAUGAAUUCAAUCCUUGGAUUGCGUUCGAGAAUUAUUUACAAUCUUAUAGCUGGCUCUUGCUGGCCCAAGUGCAUUCAAUACAGCAAUAUAAUACCUUCUGUUAUGAGGCAGAAUUUAUA